AUGGCUCACCCCUUUGCUCCAAAACUCAGUCGCCAAGCCUUGCAGAGCUGCCUCUUCUGCAACAAACCGACCACCGAUAUGGUCAGGCACGUAUCUGUGCACAACGAAGACCCUCAAUUAACUUUCAACUUGCUUGGUAUUCUUGUCGUUGCAAGACAGAUACAUUCCAAAGGCUAUCAGUGCCCAUUCGUCAAAUGCUCAUUCACGGGGCUGCCUGCGGCCCUAUACCUGCAUUUGAUUGGCCAUAUUACUAUAACUGCACAACCCCUGCCUAUCUCUCACUCGCCUUCAGAUUCAGCAGAAUCAUCCACUUUUGGCUGUAGCACCCCGUCCCAGGGCAAUUACCGAGUGGGCUUAGCCACCCCAUUCUCACAGUUGCCCGGCGAGCCUGCCAGCAAGAAACGUAGAAUCGAGCCUCCCUCUUCACCCACACCCGACACCACUUCGUCCAAUCCCAAGACCAUCCCCAUGGAACGCGAGCUGAAACUGCAGAGAAUCAGCGAGUACAUGGACGACAACAUGGGUACCUGCCCCCUUCACGGUAUAUCAUCUUCCCUCUCAUUCAUCAACCAGCAUUCGGACCUCCGUUACUGCGAUCUGAUCGACAUGGCUAACUACAAGAGCGUGUUCCGCAAGGCCAUGCGCAAAGCCGUGAACAAAAGCAUACUGUGCUUCUCCUGUUGCGGCUGCAUGACCUUUCACCAUCCUGUGGAACGUCAUUGCGACAGCGAGGCUCUCCAGGACAUCUGGAUCGGGAUCCCGUAUCUCAUCUUCUGCAUCCCAGCGCUGCAACGUGUGGUAUUUGGACUGCUUGGCAAGCACAACUACCACACCGUUGUUCAGAACAUCGACUCCUUCGUCCUCUGGCUCUUCAAGGCAUCGCCUCUCAUGGCCCUCCCCACCAGAGCUACCCCGAACCUCUUUGACCUGUUGAUUGCUUUUGCAUCAUCCGUUCCAGAGUUAACGGAGAUCGACUGGGUGGAUACGCUGGCCGAAGCAAACAAGAGGAUGGCGGACUUGUAG